UUGCCAUGAAAGAAAAGUUUGACAAAAGUCUUAAAGAUUUGCAUUUACUCUACCUCAAAUCGCCUAAACACAGUGAAUCUAGGCAUUCCGGUUUCGGGGAUAUCUCAACUAUAAUGAUUACUACUCUAACGAGAAUGAAAUGAGCUAUUAUGCUUUCUCAAUAUGAAGUCUUUUCCAUGAAGAUCAAAAGUGGGCAAUGAUUUGUAUUCUUUUGUGCCAUAAGAGUUCAAGAAACAAGCUCGAAGUUGAAGUCCAUGGUUUGGAUUUAGAUAAUCUGUUGGAGUCUUAGCAGCAGCCAACCUGCACCAUAUCAUCUUUGUUCUGCUGCUGUUGAUGUUCAUACGAGAAUAAGGAAAAUGUGCAUUUUUUAAGUUUGACAAGGAUAUAAUUCCUUACCUAAUUGUCUCUUCCUCACUGUAGGUUGGAACCUUGAAUGAGUACUUACGACCGAAUGCUCCACCGUAAAAGAAAAAGGGAAAUAUUUUACUUUUCUUCAAGCCCUACGAUAUUGAGAAAGCAAAGCUUCGGGUUGUUUGUGAAAAGUGCAAGGAAGCCAAUAGAAAUCUUGUUCAAAUUAAACAAAAUGACAGGGUAUACUCCUGAUGAAGAGACCAAUCUUUAUGAGGCACCAGCCAAGAAAGGUAGAGAUUUCUUGCAUUUCCUGCAAAACAAGAGGGUUCCAGCUGUUGUGGAAUAUGGUCACCAUUUUAAGCUGUUGAUCCCUAAGCUUGUAGCAUUGCCUUUCUCAUUUUAUGGUGUCAGAUGUCCUGGUCGUGAUGAGCCCUACUCAGAUGAAGCCAUAGCAGUAAUGAGACGAAAGAUCAUGUAGAGUGAUGUGGAGGUAUGGGUUAUCUUUGAGUUGCUUGUCUGCCAUCAUCUUGUCACGAUCUUCUUCAUGACUCACUCUCUUCUCUAUAAAAUACCGGCCAACAAUCUUGCUCUCACAUGUCACGGUUCUCC